UUUGAGUGGGCGUUCAAUACAUAGCAUAACAUAACAUACUUUACAUAACAAACACAACACAAACACAAACAACUCAAGUGUUGUCACCGCAAGAAAAAACACAAUCAAAACCAUCAACUCAUCGGACGAAUGAAGUGAUCCAUCGGUUCAAGUGAUCAAUCAGUUAGUUAGUGUCCAGACAUCGGGUCUCCCAACCGGCCGCCGACAGCAACAAUGAUGACCAACAAAGCCGCCGCCACCGCUGCCACCGCUAUCAAUGUUGACGAUGACGGUUGGAUCAGACAGUUUAACGUAACAGAUCCCUGUCGACAUCCCCAGAAAGGCUACACUGUCUACAAAGUGGUCAGCCGUGUUCAUCAUCGGUCAUCAACGGACGGUAUUACCGAACUGGUUGCCUAUAAACGCUAUUCGGAGUUCAAACGUUUGCACAAAACUCUCGGCCAAUUGCAUCAGUCGUUGCAUCUGAAAGGCAUGUUUCCCGACUUUCCCGAUUCAAAAUUGUUUGGCCGUUUCGAUGCCGACGUCAUCGAAACCAGGCGUCGAUCGGCACUCGAACUACUAGAGUUUGCGGCCAAACAUACUGUACUGUUUACCAGUACAGUGUUUGUCCAGUUUUUCGACAACUCGGUAACCAACUUUACCACCACUACCACCACCACCACCGCCAACAACAACAUUGUUUCCAUAGAUAGUCACAUUACCGAUGACGCGGACAUCAAUGAUCUACCGAAACCAUUGGAACCGAGUCUUAGUUUUAGCGAUGACGGCACUGCUAGUAGUAGUUAUCGCACCGGUGGUGGUGAUGGUGGUGUUGAUGGUGACGAUGACGAUAAUACAAGCAAUGGUAGUACAAGUGUUUAUUCAACUCCCGUCCAUACUAUGGAUAACAACCACCUCUGCCAACCAUCGACAGGGACGGCAGCGGCGGACAAUCAAAACUCGGCUAAUCGACAUACUAGUGAUAAUCUAACAGAAUUUGAUCCAUUGGCCAAUGGUAGUGAUAAUCCAAAGUCAUGUACAGAUGAUAAUAAUGAUGAUUGUCAAUCAUCGUCUACUAAUGAUUGGCUAUUCUCACCUACCAAUCAUCCGAAGUUGGCCGUCGUUGUUGCCGUCAAUGAUGAUAAUGACAAUCAAAACACUAAGAAUAAAGAGCUGUCGUUGCCAUCAACGCCAUCGGCAGCCGAUAAUCGCAAUAAUUGUGAUAAUAAUAACAAAGAUGUGAUCAACAAAAUUAAUAAUGUUGUUGAAGAAUCAUAUGCUGAUGAUGUCGAUGUCGGUAAUGAUGAUAGAAGUGCUAGAAAUGUCAAGAAUUUAAUAAAGACAUUUGACGACAUACCCACUGAUAUAUUUGUUAAACAAUUUAGUAUAUCAUGUGAUUCAGAUCAUCUUAACGAAGAUGACGGUAACGAUAAUGUCAAUCAAAGUAGUACUACUACUACUACUACUACUAGUGGUCAGACCAUCAAUCCUUCAAUUGAUAACAACUGUAAUAAUAAUAAUAAUAAUAAGAUAGUUGUUGUCGUCGAUGGCGACAAUGAGUCGACAGCUGUUUCGUCGGACAAUUAUCUGUUAGACGCGGCCAUUAUCUUACGUCAGGCCCAACAGCACGAAGAAUCCGGUGAAUGGGAGCCGGCAUUCGAGUCGUACAAGUGUGCCGUCGGUAUACUAUUGCAGGGAGUGGUCGACGAAUUGGAUACGGAAAAGAAGGCAUCGAUUAGACGAAAAACUUUCCAGUAUCUGACACGUGCUGAACAUAUCUUUGAUACAUAUUUGUCGGAUAGUUCACAGCAUCAGCAGCCGAGCCGUCGAUGGGCACCGGACAGUCCAUUUAAAUCGUUAAAUGCAUCACUCAUACAGAGCUGGUUCGGUACAUCCGACGAACUGAUCAAAUAUCGUGUCUGCGGUAUCGAUGGCGGCCGCAGCAACAGCAACAACAACAGUAGUAGUAGUAGUAGAGUACAGAUAGUGAUGGACACGACCAACAAUAAUCGCAAGUUUGUCAUAAAAGUUGUCUACAAAUCUAACUACCCGUACAAACAAUCAUCGAUGGUUCCCAAUCAGCUAUCAGUGCCGCAAAGUAUUUUUCCGAACGACAUUCCGUUUAUGGUACAAAUUUACCGAAUUUUCAAGACCGACUACGCCAUCUAUUUGCUACUCGAGUACGCAAAAGGUGGUAGACUAUGGGAUCGGCUACUGUCGGCCAAUGGUUCGCGUAGUCUAUCGCCCUGUCCUGACUGUACGUUUGCCGCCGCAGGCGGCGGUAUCGACGAUAAAGACUACGAACUGAUUGCUGAUAAUGCCUACAGUGGACGCCGUAUAUCGAGAACUUGUUCCGAAUACGGAUCUGUUGGCUGUGGCAACAAAUUCAAGAAUAAUGUGAACAACAAUAACAACAAUAGUGUCUUUGAACCGAUCAGCGAACGAAUGGCUCGCCACCGAUCAUCCGACGACUCAAUGGACGAAUCGUCCGGUGGCGGAUCACCGUCGGGCGGCAGUUUGGCCAGUAUUGAUUCAAUUGAUUAUGACUUGCCAUCGAAAAGCUAUGUAAAUCUGUGCCAUAACUAUGCAUUGGAACGGCAGAGAUGUCCCCAACAACAACAGCAACAACCGACCAGUUCACUGGCCAACUGCAAGUUAGGCCACAUUUCCGAUUCAAUCGACAGCAUCGACUCCAUAACCGAAGAUUAUGAUAACGAUUCAUACAAUAAUAAUAAUAAUAAUAAUAAUAGUCUCAGUCAUCAUAAUCCCAAUCCUUCACUAAAUGCCAAUCCCUAUAACAACAACAACAACAAUAACUCAUCAAACAUUAUGACCAGUCAUUCACUCAGUCGACCUCCGAUUAGACAAUUAUCUAUCGAAAACAUGGGUAUAACCAGUCUAUUGACGAGAGCCAAGAGUUUACUCAGGAAUGUCGAUCAGACAUUAAAUUUAUCGAAAUAUGUGUCGAAAAAUUUAAGUCAAAAAUACUUGUCGUCGACAUCAUUGGCACCGACGACGACGACAACGACGACACCAUUCAGUGAUCAUCUGCGCGGAUCCAAAUCAGAGCUAUCGUUAUCAUCAACUAAUUUGUCGACACAAAAACAGAUGAUUAAGUCGUUGAAGAUCAACAACAACAAGAAGAUUAAGAAGAAUAAGACGCCUAUAUCUGAAGUUAUUCAUCAAAUGGAUGACAACAAUACUUCUAACAGCGGUAGCAACGGCUGUUGUACUGAUGGACCGCUGGUCAGCGAAUCGGAAGCCCGACUAUGGCUGUCGCAAGUUGUCCGCUGUUUACAGCAUUUGCAUAAAUUGGGUGCCGUUUAUUGCGAUCUGAAUCCCGAUAAUCUACUACUAAACGAUGACAACAAUGUUUGCGUUACCUAUAAAUGUUUUUGGGACGAAUCGCCACAGAAUUCCAUCGACGAGUUGGCCAGAGAGCGGCUGUAUGUGGCACCCGAACUGAUGAAAUCGGAAAAAGUAAGCCAUCUGUGCGAUUGGUGGUCAUUCGGUGUCGUAGCUUACGAACUAUUGACGGCACGGUCAUUGGUUUCAUAUCAUCCAAACGGUAUCACUAGUCAUACGACACUAUACUUUCCGGCCUUUAUAUCAAUUGAAGCCAAAGAUUUGAUAACUAAAUUACUUCAGCCGAAUCCUAGCGAACGAUUGGGACGACACGGAUCUGAAGAGAUAACAACACAUCCGUUCUUCGAGGGUAUCAAUUGGUCUAAUCAUUAGAGAUGAUGGAAAUUAUCAAAACAAUUAUCA